AUGGCCGACCUCCACGAGGCACUGAAGAAGCUUUCGCCCACCACCUGGACCUCCACGCCCCACGACAACAAUGGCGAACUCCCCACCUACCUCACCGACAUCUUCACCGCCGCCGAGCUCCUUGUCAACAGCGUCCCUCCACCUCCCAACGGCAACUCCUUCGCCACCGCCCAACCCCAAUUCACCACCCCCAACUCCGCCAAAUCCUCCAAGGACGUCCACUCCUCUUCCGCCCGCCCCGCACCUCCAGACGCCGCCCACGCAGCGCUGCAGAAACAAUGGGGCAAGCCGAUGAAGUACUCGCAGAAAGACAACCCGCUCAACGUAGCCUUGUACAAAACCGCCGGGCACGACCGACAUGGAGCCUGGUUCGCGCGGCAUCAGGUCAUGGAGGGUAUUAGCUUUGGCAAGUUCGAGAAGGCGUUGAAGCGGGAGUUUCCUGAGACGUUGCUCGUGCAAGGACAGCCUGGAGCUGGCGCAAAGAGGGGGUUGAGUGCUGAUCGGCGGGUGGAGAGAAUAGAUGCGGAUGUGGAUGGGGUGGGGAGGAUGGAGGUGUACCAAUUAAGUGCGCAGAUGCCUCCGCCGGUCAGUCCGAGGGACUUCUUGACGUUGCUGUUGAGUACGGAUAAGGGAUUGACGGAGAAGAGCGGGGCGGAGCUGGAUAGCGGGAAGAAGCAUGUGCCAAGGAGUUAUAUGGUUGUCUCGAGACCGUUGGAUCAUCCGGACGCGCCGCCGAGGUCGAGCUUUGUACGAGGGCAGUAUGAGUCUGUGGAGCUGAUACGGGAGAUUCCUUUGCACGUGUCGAAGUCGACGGCAGAUUUGUCUAAAGAUGGCGAGGUUGAUCCAGAGUUGAAUCCUGUGGAAUGGAUCAUGAUCACCAGAAGUGACCCAGCUGGAGGCGUCCCGCGAUUCCUAGUCGACAGAGGGACACCAGGUGCUAUGCUUACUGAUGUGACGAAGUUCUUGGAUUGGGCCUGCGCUUAUGAGCAGGUUCCGGACCAAGACGAGGAUCUGGAACUACAACUUACGAACUCGGCGAAGAUGACGGAGGAGAUGUACGCUCAGCAGACAGGAGUUGCUGCAGGCGAGAGGACUGCAGCAAAACCUACAGAAGCGCCUACUCCGCAAGUACAAGAACCUGCUCCACAACCCUCGGAGGAGACACCCCGUGAGACUCCCACUCCAGCCGUCGACGGCGCACCACAACCCGCACCCCAACCAACGGAGCCCGGCAUGCUCUCCAACGUCAUGCAAUCCGUCGGAGCAGGAGCGACCAGCUACGCCCCAGCCCCCGUAGCCUCCUUCGUCAACCGCCAACUCGGCACCGACACUCCCUCCCAAGACCUCUCCGACGACGACACCUCCUCCACCUCCUCCGUCGACUCCUUCCUCUCGGCCCGCGAAAUGCGCCGCCUCUCCACCGCCCCGGAAGCGCCUCCCCGCGCCUCCACCGAGAACCUCUCCAUGCGCAGCGUCACCUCCUCUACUUCCUUAUCCAACCGGGACAAGAAAUCCAUGACCCCCUACGAAAAAGACCUCCACCGCCUCACUCAGCAGCGCGAGAAACUCGACCAGAAACUCGCCAAAAAGCGCGAAGCCGAGGAGGAGAAACUCAAGUCCUCCGCGCAAAAAGAACAAUCCGAACAGGACAAAGCUCGCGAACGAAUGGAACGCGAGAUGCGCAAGACCGAAGACCGUCAUAGGAAAGAAAUCGAAAAGCUCGAAGCGAAGCGCUCACGCCGCGCGCAGAAAGCCGAAGAGCGGAAGAAGAAAAGGGAAGAAGGGGAUAAAAUGUCCCUCGUCGCGCGCGAACGGGACGAAGCGAGGGGGCAGAGGGAUUUUUUGAAACGGGAGAACGAGUUGUUACGGGAGCAGGUGGAGGGGCUGCAGAGGGAGAAUAAUGCGUUGGCUGGACGAGGUGAAUGCUGGCAGGAGUAG